UCUCCAAAAGUGGUCUGUUCUUUUCAGCUGCAUUGCUGAACUGGUGCAAUAAGUUAAAGUGAGAAAAAAUAUACUUGUCUCACUUUAACUUAUUGCACCAGUUCAGCAGUAUAGCUAAAAAGAACAGACCAAAGAAUAGACGUCUUCAUUCUGUGAAUUAUUUGCAAACUUUCAAUAUGUCAAGUAAACGUAAGGAAUUUUUUUAAUUUACGUAACUGCAUAAUAUGUAUGAAGUAUUUUCAUAAAAACAACUAUUGUGAUAUACGUUAUGGAUUGUGUUAAAAUGAUAAAAAUGCAUUAAGCGGCAUUGAAUACUCUAUAUUAUGUCUAUUAAUAAUUGAGUUUUUUGGAGUUAAAAUGUCCAGUUCAGAAACUGGUGUGGGAUGUAUUAGUGAGGUAACACUUGCAAUUAGUAAAGCAAGAAGUUCCCAGGCAGGUACUGUAAGAGUCCUUGACAGCCCAGACUCAGAUGGAUCUAGCCAUUCAAAUUCAUUUACUGUGCAACAGUUUGAUUAUCCUAAUGCUUAUCCUAAUGACAACACCAGCUCAAGUAUUCUGCAAUCACCUCUCACUAAUGAAGAUUUGAGAAUACCUAUUGUUGGCUAUGAAAUUAUGGAGGAAAGAGCUAGAUUUACGGUUUACAAACUUCGAGUUGAAUUGAAGAAUGGUGAUUGUUGGUUUGUGUUCAGGAGAUACACAGACUUUGUUCGACUACUAGCUCAAUUAAGAAGGCAGAAAAUUCCUAUUGCUCAUUUGUCAUUACCAAGAAAAAAGUGGUUUGGCGACAAUUUUGCACCAAGUUUUUUAGAAGAAAGAAUACAUGGGCUUCAAACAUUUGUUAAUGGUAUAUUAAGUAGUCCAGUUCUCAUAGGUGUUUCAUAUGUAAGGGAAUUUUUUUGUUUGGAUGAACCUCCUAUACUAUCUGAUACAGCAGAAGAAUCCAGAGCAAUAUUUGAAGCAUUAGAAGAUACAGUGUAUCAUUUGAGGCAGCAACUGAGAGAGAGCGAUACUGCACUUGCAUCUGAAAAAGCUCUGUGUAAUGAAUUUCGCAAGAAGCUUCAUCAGAUAUUGAGUGAGAGACGAACCUGUUCAAAGUGUGGUACGUCUCAAUAAUAAUUUUCUAGAUUAAGUCCUCAUCAGAUCUGAUAAAAGGUGGAAUUAUGUAUAAUUUACAACAUUUAAAAGCAAUUUACAUUCUAAAAAAUACUAUAUAGAAGAUAGUUUUUAAAAAGUCUGUUAUAUGGGAUAUUCUAAAAAAGUGAUAUUUUAUAGAUAGAUCAUAUUGAUCACGUUAGCAAAAAUUUUUACAGUAAGAUACAGUAAGCCAUGUUAAAAUUUUUGUAUUCAGGAGUUUUAACUUUUGACUAACAUCUAGCAACAAUUUUUAAUACUUUACACUCAGAAUAUUAUAAAUAACAUCUAAAUUUAUGUGCCUUGUAUAAACUUUUUGCUAUACAUAAUAUUUAUAAUUUACAUGAUGAAAAUGCUCUUAUAUU